UAGUAGCAGCAACAAACGCUUCAAAAGACAGCGUGUUCUCUUCCAUCAUAGUCUUAAAGAGAUGAACGUCAAGCCUCCCUUAAUAUAUAGAAGCGAUAAUAGCACGUCUCCGUAGCAUCAGUAGCGUGGCCCCAACAACCAGAUGCUCCUGAGGCUGCUGCUCGUGCUCGCACAGUGUUGGUUGAGCCGUGGCAGGAGGAGGAAGAGUGUCGCUGUCCUCGCACCCCCCAGCUGACUCGCGCCGCCCGCCCCGCCAGUCCCCAGGUUACUCACCCCCGCUGCCACACGUGUUGGACCGCGGAUCACGAUUGAGGCUUAGGACACCGCCACGCUGUACCGAUUGUAAGAUAAGAGAUUGAAGAAAAAGGAGAGACUGCCACUGCUGAGAUAUAUACAAUUGUAGAGGCAAGAAAAGGGAAGACUACUGCUGGGAAAUAAAGAAAUAUAGCAGUAGUCUCAUUUCCUGAAGUAGAACAAUUUAUCCUAGAGUUAAAAUAGGACUAAAAGCAGCUUAAAAAAUGCGAGGAAAAAUUAACAGGAAUCCGUAAAAGCUGGAAAGAAGGAAAUGAAAAGGAAUCUCAUCGGCGUCACGGCAACAGGAUACACGGAAAGGAUAGAAAAAAAAAACAAUUACUGAGGCAGGAAAUCAACGCCCCCCAAAAGAAGAAACUCAUCUCAUUCUCUUCGCCAUUCUAUUCGCCUCUUAAGAUGAUGUGACUGACUCUAUGAUAACCGUGAGGGAAACAGAUAUUGAAGAUUUAUUGUUUAGUGUAUCCCGUCACUUACUUGGGAAACAGUGUGAGUAAGCUGAGGAAAAGAGAUGAAAGUGUGAUAUUUCUGGAUCAGCCUGGACCACUGGAACGAAGAAGAGGAGGAUGAAACCUUACCUCUGGACUGACUGUGAUAUGUGUUAACUGAUUUCCUCGUGAAGUAAAUCCAAAACGUCUGAGAAAAUACAUGAAAUGACACUGGAAAACAAAAACAAAUAAGAAUAAAUAGUUGAAGGAAAAUAAUUAACGGUGAAAACAAGCAACAGGAAAGGAAACCAAGACGAAAAAUACAAUAGAGACAUAAACUAAGGAUUACUGAACGUUUCUUAUAAGCAUGGCGGGGGAUAUCGUGGUGGCGGGGGCGUGGUGGUGGCGGAGGUGCUGGUGGUGGUGGUGGUGGUGGAUGGCAAUGGUGCUCCACGAUCCAUCAGGUGGAGGCUCGGCGCUCCCCCACCGGCCCCCCACGAGCCCCACCACGCCCACACACUGCCGCGGCUGCCCCUACUUCCUCGCCACUCCCUCCCACGUCACCACCGCCGUCGGGCAAGCUGUCAACCUUACCUGUGGCGUGCGGAUGCUGGGAGACAGACAGGUGUCAUGGAUUCGUCGGCGGGACCUUCACGUUCUCACCACCGACUCCUUCACCUACACGAGCGACCCCCGGUUCAGCGCCCUCCACCAGGCCACGUCGCCUUACUGGGUCCUGCAUGUGGCCCGCCCGACGCUCUCCGAUGCCGGGGUCUACGAGUGCCAGGUGUCAGCGCAGCCCAAGAUCUUCCGGCCGUUCACGCUGGAGGUUGUGGAGCCCCGCGCGGUCAUCGUAGGCGGGCAGGAGGUAUUCAUGAGGGCAGGCAGUGACCUCAACAUCACCUGCCUCAUCAAGGGCGCCGCGCCGGAGGCCACACCUGUCACCUGGCUGCGCGUACCCCUAGGUAGCCGCAGUAGGAGCAGCACCAGCAGAAGCAACAGCAUAAAGAGAGUGGAGGAGGUGAACUCCGGGCAGCGUGGCGGCGUGCAGCUGGUGACCGACAGACGCGCGGGCACCAGCUGGCUCUUGGUGACGCGCGCUACGUGGCGGGACGAGGGCACCUACACCUGCGCCCCCGCCCGUGCCCGCCCCGCCUCCGUGGUGGUGCAUGUGCUGGACGGGGAAACUCCAGCAGCCAUGCAACCUCCCCUGGACACCGGCCGCUCCCCUGAAGCCUCCUCCUCCUCCUCCUCCUCCUCGUCCUCGUCCUCCUCCUCCUCCUCCUCCUCCUCCUCGUCCUCUUCCUCGUGGUGGUGGCCUCCCCUCGUCCUCGUCCUCGUCCUCCAGUCCUCGGUUAUCCUUCCUGCACCUCGAGAACCGCUCCUGUGAAAUUCGCCCACCGCCAGACACAAGCAGGCAGGUGUGUGUGUGUGUGUGUGU